CACGUUCAACACAGGCUCAAGCGAAUUUUGAGUAAAUAUUUUUCUUUGGAAAAUGGCAUCAUCGUUCUCAUUUUCCUUUGGAGGCGACGACAUAGAAGAAGAUCAAGGGUCGAAUGAAGAAGUCACCAGCUUGGCCUCGAAAGUUGAGAAGCACACCUUGUCAGAGCCUGCAAGCGCCCAAGCCCAGCAGCAGCAGCAGCAGCAGCAGCAGCAGCAGCAACAACCGGCCACAGCCAGUGCAUUCCCCGUCGCCGGAAAGCCCCAGUUAACCCCCGCGCGACAUGCCUUGCGGGACCUCUUUCAGCAGCUGCCGUCCAAAAUCGCGUAUAGCCUCCUGGACGUAACUUUGGACGAUGGGCGCACCAUUGACCUACCACGGAGAGAGUUGUGGGAUGUCAGAAUUCAGCUGAUGGCCGAGGUCGAAACCGAGGAUGGCGAGGGGAGUGAGGGUCCCGAAGGACUCGGUGCCCACGACAUCAAGACGGGUGUUUACGAAGGGGGCUUCAAGAGUUGGGAGAGCAGCGUGGAUCUUGUCAAGGUACUGGGCGCCGAUAGGCACAUGAACGAGGCGCGGCGACGGCCGCUUCGUGUGAUCGAGCUUGGAUGCGGUACGGCGCUGCCUUCGCUAGCCAUUUUUCGAUGGGCUAUGGAAGCCCAAUUCGAGUCGGACGCGACUGGUCCCCAACCCCCGUUGUCCCUAGUCCUCGCCGACUACAACCCGACGGUGUUGCAGUUGGUGACCUUGCCAAACUUCGUUCUCGCCUGGGCUCUCGCUCAUCAGUCACGCGGCUGCACAGCGCUCCAGGGAGCAUUCGACCUCGAGGGGGAACUCGAGCUGACGCCUGAGGUGCUCGCAGCCUUCCGGGACUUCCUGGUCGCGUCCAACAUCUCGUUGGACUUCGUCUCGGGGGGCUGGUCGGCCGAGUUGGUGAAUCUCAUCUACGGACUGAGCCUCAGCACCAGCCCACAUGACAGCGACCGAGACAGGGAAGGUGCGAGUCAGGACAGUGUGAAAGAGCGCGAAAAUGACAAUGAGGGCGAGGCCAGGAAUGGGAAUGGGAAUGGGAAUGGGAAUGUGAACGCCAAUUCGGAUCCGACUCGGAAUGAGCGCCACGACACCUUGGUACUGGGCGCCGAGACGAUUUACUCGCCAUUCGCCCUUGAAGCAUUCACUGAAACGGUCUUUGCCAUUCUUUCCAGGGAACGGUCGUCGCCACAAGAGGGAUGCCAGGUCGAGUGCCAGGCCUUGGUUGGGGCCAAAAGAAUGUACUUCGGUGUCGGCGGGUCACUCGACGACUUUAUUGACAAAGCGAGGGACAAAGGGGCGACAGUGACCCAAUUAAGAGAAGAGGCGGAGGGCGUUCGACGAGGCGUUGUGCGUUGUGUCUUGUGAUUGGAUUGCUGUUGUCCUUUGCUCUCUUUUUCCCUUCCCUUUUUUUUCUUUUUUUUUCUUAUCCCGUCCCCCAACUUUUCACUCGUCACGAACCUGACGAAAUUGACGAAGGUGGUUUUCUUCCGUGGCUUUCAUCAUUCAAUGGAAUGGGCCAGACUCCAGGGUACCUGUGAUACCCAGUACCCACUGUUACCCACGAUUCAGCACCCACCUUACACGCCACGAAAAAAAUAUGGUUAGUCAGGUACCUCCUCUAGAGGUUGGGAUGCUUCCUGAACACGGUGGAUGUGGACGGUUGGGUCAGGGGAAAGUGGCACUGCUGAACAAUGUAACGAACCACGUUCGCGUAUCAUGAAUCGGAUUUCAAACACCUACCACAAACUCUUCUACGGAUUGAAUACCGCAUGUACAACGUACAACGUACCUCUGCUGUUGCGAACAGGUAUUAUUCGUACAUGUAUGUACUUGCUGAUUUGUCCGGGGUUCAUUGGCUG